GGCUUGUUUCAAAGCUUUUUCGUGGUCAGCUCCAACGCURCUAAGAACAGCAUUGAAUGGWGACAGRUAUUCAAAGCUAGACUGUCGAGCUGGAGACUUUAAUGURGCCAUUUUCUUAAAUUUCUGGUUACACUUCCAGUUUUAAGAGUUCAACUGCUGACCGGAUCAAAGUCCCGAUUAUACUUUCCCCACCCCCUAACAAAAAUGAAAAUUAUUAAAAUGUGAAAAAAUAUUCCAAAAAGAUAUACAAGAGCAGUAAAAUURAGAAUGAAGCAUCUUAAUUAAUUCAUUGAAUUUCACGUGGGAUCCAGRUGUUUUGAAGUUUAACAUUUUUACACUAGACAUAUAUCUUCCCCUCCCCCUAGGAUCUGUUUUACCAUGAGUCUGCAUUAUUCGUCUAACAGCGGAGCUACACAUUAGGCUUGGUUGGUGUGGAAGAAAAUGGCAGCCCUCCAUUUCAACAAGUGCCUUGAUGAAUUACGUUUCAAAGAUGACCGCCUUACAACUGUUACGUCUGAAGAACAGCAAAAAGUAGAGCAGAGAGUUUCCGUUAACUACAAAUCUUACCUUGAAGUGCUGGAUUUGGAUCCGGAAUUUCCACUUUAUCGCACAAAACAUUUGAACUACUUGCGGCGAGGACUCCGACACUUGUCCGAUUCGUACGAAUGUCUUGAUGCUAGUCGUCCUUGGUUAUGCUACUGGAUUUUACAUUCUUUGGAAUUACUAGACGAGCAUGUGCCGCCCCAAGUCAGUGCUGACGUCGUGGAUUUUCUUCGCCGGUGUCAAGAUCCCAAGGGAGGGUUCGGUGGGGGCCCAGGACAGGUUCCCCAUUUAGCUCCUACUUAUGCUGCAGUUUGUGCCUUGAGUAUUCUUGGUACAAAAGACGCUUACGAUGUGAUUGACAGGCCUGGAUUGCAGAAAUUUUUACAACGUUGCAGAACUGCAGAAGGAGCUUACAGGAUGCAUGAAGAUGGUGAAGUUGACAUCAGAGGUGCUUAUUGUGCUAUAGUAGCUGCAUGUAUAACCAAUGUUAUGACACCAGCUCUAGUAGAAGGAACUGCAGAAUGGAUUAAGCAGUGCCAAACGUAUGAAGGAGGCUUCUCGGGGGAACCAGGACUUGAGGCCCACGGUGGCUACACAUUCUGUGGCUUUGCUGCACUCAUUUUACUCGGAAAAGAACAGUUGAUAAACAUUAARCAGCUUUUGCACUGGGCUGCAAGCAGGCAGAUGAAACUAGAAGGUGGCUUCCAAGGAAGAACUAACAAGCUUGUYGAUGGAUGUUACUCAUUUUGGCARGGUGGGAUAUUCCCUUUACUUCACAAUGUACUUGAAGCACAACACGACAACUCAGUCAGUACAGAAAAAUGGAUGUUUGAUCAAGUGGCAUUGCAGAAUUAUGUGCUUAUUAACUGUCAGUAUCAUGCUGGAGGUUUGAUUGACAAGCCAGGAAAGUCCCGUGAUUUCUACCACACUUGUUAUUGUCUUAGUGGUCUUUCUGUUGCUCAGAAUUUCAUUCUUAAACAUCACUCCAAARUUGAGGCAGUUGGAGGAGAUGAGAAUAUACUAAAACCUGUACACCCUUUGUACAAUAUUGGUGUUGAUAGUGCAAUAUUGGCUGUGAAGCAUUAUAAAGCACUUCCAGUUCCAUGAUACUACAAUUAUCUGACUAUAAUCCAGUCAUUUUGAACACAAAAAAACUGAAUAAUUACCAUAACUUUAUACAACAUUUUUCUAAACUAAAAAAUAGAAACUUUUAUAAUGUUUGCAGGAUAGGCUUUUGCAAGUUUAUUGUCUGAGAUGUGUAUUUGACACAUGUGAUUUUCUUCUAUCAUGUGAAUUUUGUACAUUUUGUACAUCAUGCAUUGCGGAAAUGAUUCAAA